AUGGGGGCGAGGAGAAUUGGGGGAGAGGGUUGUGGCGGGCCGAGGAAGCGCAGCGAGUGCCACCAUAAAGGGGACGGGGGCGAGGAGAUGGGUGGGGGAGGCGUGCUGUGGUCGUCCCUUCACCUGGACGGCCUCUGCUGCCCGCGCUGCCCCUUCUGCGUGCUCUUCCCCUGCCUCUCCAAGCUGCAGCAGAUCAGCAACCACUUGGAGCUGCUAAAGCCCAACCCCAGGGACCCUCCGGACAAGCAAGCAAGAGAUCUCGCUUUCGCCAGGCUGGCGCUGGCCGGCGAUGCUGACCUGGCGGGCGGCGUGCGGGAGGCGAGUGAUCUUCUGACACUUGGCAGUAGCGAGCACUGUGGGAAGCUGCGGGCACUGGAUCGGCUGUUAAACCAGUGGUGUGGGAGUGGGGAUAAAGUUCUGCUGUUCAGCCACUCGGUCAAAAUGCUGGACGUGCUUCAGCGGUUUCUAGAGGCCCGAGGGAUCUCAUUUUCUCGACUCGACGGCUCCACCUCCACUGCCACGAGACAGGCUCUCGUGCACGGUUUCAACUCCAGCCCUUCUAUACAGGUGUUCCUCAUUUCCACCAAGGCAGGAGGAAUCGGUCUCAACUUAGUUAGCGCGAAUCGGGUGAUCAUAUUGGAUCCCACGUGGAACCCGGCUCACGAUCUACAGGCUCAGGAUCGCUCCUUCCGAUUCGGGCAGACGCGGCACGUGUCGGUGUACCGGCUAGUGGCAGGAGGGACAGUGGAGGAGGUGGUGUAUCUGCGGCAGGUGUACAAGCAGCAGCAGACCAACAUCGCGAUCGAAGGGGCUUCAGAGCAGCGAUACUUCACUGGGGUGCAGGGCUUCAAAUCCCACCAGGGGGAGCUAUUUGGAGUGGCGAACCUGUUUCAAGACCGCAGCACGAGCAUUCUAUCAGCGGAGAUCAUUGGCAAGGCAGCGAGGCAACCGCAGAGGCAGCAACAGCAGGAAAAGCAGCAGGAGGAGCAGGGACGGGAGGAUGAGAAAGAAGUGAAUGUAGAUAGAAAGCGCCAGGAGGAGGUGGAAAAGAGAAGAAAUAAGAGUUCUGAAGCGCCCUCGGUUAUGAGGGAAAAGCCGCACUGUGAUUCGCAAAAGGACGAAGAUGAUCUGCUUGUGGUGCAGGUGCCUGAUGGUGGCAUCGCACCUGAAACACCUGGGGAGUCUCCUGAAUCACCUGGCAUAUCACCUGAAGCACCUGGGGAGCACAGGCUGGAGGGGAAUCCAGGAUUUGCGAGUGCAGAACGAGGCGAAGGGCUUGGCUUGGCAAGCAAGAGAGAGGAAUUGAUGGUGAAAGCCGGUAGGGUGAAGGGGAGGAAGGAGGAUGAGGAGGACAAUGGGACGGUUGAGAAGUUUGAGGGGCAGGAGACAGCGGAGAGCAGUGCGGAGGACAUGGAGCUUCCGAUAGGGAGUGGCGGAGGAAUCGAGGAGCGGAGCGGAAUGGCCGCGCAGGAGAAUGACAUCAACGACCUUUUCCGUCCGUCCCUAUUCCAAUCCCUCAUCAUAUCCCGCAUACCCCUCUCCAUGCCCUUCCAACCCACCCCCCUUUCUCUCCCCCCCCCCGCACCCCCUACUCUACACAUCCCCCUACCGCUCCGCCCAGGCGGUCUGAGCCAGCUUCCCCCGGGGGCGGCCGCGGCACUGCGCGGGGCGCUGCGGUGGGCUCCGCCCGCUCCGAAGAACGACGAACCCAAGCGGCUGAAGAUCAACCUGGACCUUGACAUUUACCGCGCGCGCAACCUGUUCCGCAUUGGGAAGGCGCAAGACGCGGAAGGGCUCAUGCGCAAGGCUGUGCGCGACUGGCCGGACGACGGGCGCCCGUACGUGGUGCUGGGACGCAUGCUCCAGCGGAAGGGCAGGCUGGGAGAAGCGCGCGGAGUCUUUGAGGAUGGCUGCCAGGCGCUGGGCGGGGAUAACGCGUUCAUUUGGCAGACCUGGGCUGUGCUGGAGGCGCAAGCAGGCAACGUGGAGAAGGCUCGAAAGCUGUUUGAUGCUGCCACGGUGGCAGAUGAGAGACACGUGGCAGCAUGGCAUGGGUGGGCGGUGCUGGAGCUGAAGCAGGGGAAUGUGCGCCGGGCGAGGGAGCUGCUGCAGAAGGGGCUCAAGCUGUGCGGCGGGAACGAGUACAUAUACCAGAUGAAUGCCAAGAGCGCUGCCAGCUACUCUGGCAGUGAUGGAGGUGCAGAGUGGGCGAGUGGCAGAAGCGAGGGCGCUCUUCCUGCAGGCCACGCGGAUGAACCCCUUUCCCCUCUCUCCUCACCCCCUCCUCACACCGUUUUUUCCCAGACUCUCGCAGUGAUGGAGGUGCAGAGCGGGCGAGUGGCAGAGGCAAGGGCGCUCUUCCUGCAGGCCACACGGAUGAACGCCAAGAGUGCCGCCAGCUGGCUGGCAUGGGCGCUGCUGGAGGCUCAGCAGGGAGAUGGCGCCUCUGCCCGCCUGCUCUUCCAGGUACCACCUUCCCCUGCUCGUCCAGGUACCACCUUCCCCUGCUCGUCCAGGUACCACCUUCCUCUGAUCUUCCAGGUGCGCCCUCCCCUGCUCUUCCAGCGUUCCCUGAAUGCCAGUCCCAAGAACCCCUAUACUCCCAAGAACCCCUACACAUGGCAGGCGUGGGGGCUGUUUGAAGCAGCGCAGGGGAGGUACGACCGGGGGAGGUUGCUGCUGCAGCGGGGGGCGCAGCUCAACCCCAAGGACGCCGCGCUGCUGCAGGCGCUGGCUCUGCUGGAGUAUGAGUGCGGCUUUACAGGGACAGCAAGGGAGCUGUUCAGCCAGGCUUCUCUUGUUGAUCCCAACCACCAGCCUGUGUGGACGGCAUGGGGGUGGAUGGAGUGGAAGGAGGGGCGGGUGCAGCGAGCAAGGGAGCUCUACCAGAGAGCAGUGGAGGGAAAUGACUCCUCGCCCAACGCUGCCAGAGUGUUCCAGGCAUGGGCCGUGUUGGAGGAGCGGGAGGGGAACAUAGGCCUGGCAAGAGCGCUGUUCAAAAGAGCACUGGCAGCAGAUUCCGGCAACUCGGUGGUGUGGCGCUCGUGGGCCGCAAUGGAGGAGAGGCAGGGGAACGCCGUGCGGGCGGAGGAACUUCGGUUGAUGCGCCUUCAGCAGCGCACUGAAGUGGUGGAGCCGACCUCAUGGGACCUAGGGGGAAUCAUCGGGCCAGCCAUCGACCGCAUGAAAGCCCUCUUCAGCCCCACACGCCCCAUGCCAUUCUCCUCCUCUCGAGCCGACGUCUCAAGUAGCAGCAGCAGCAGCAACAGUGGUAGCAGCGGUGACAGUAGCAGCAGGGAGGGUGCCAGCAGCAGUGGUGCUGCAGCCGGGGAGGCAGAGGGGGGUUCUGCUGCUCUCCUGGACGAGUAUGGGGAUGAGGUGGAGGAAUUUGACGUUGAUGGUUUUUUGGCUGCCCGGCUUCCAAAACAAUUUUCCAAGCUGUUGGAUGAUGUGGAUGGGGUCGGGAAGAGCAUUUGGAGGAAACCAGUUAGUGUUGAGGGCAUGCGACAGAGAAGGUUUACAGGGGAGUUUGAGAAGGAAGCAGAUCCAGGAGUGAGGGAGGCGACUUGA